AAGUUUGCAUCAUACAGUUGAUCUCCCCCCUUGCAGUGGUUUUUUGUGCUGAUAACAGAGGAAGUGUUGCUCUCGGCUGCUGUGACUUGGCAUUUCCUGGCACUGGGUGCUUGCAUUCUCUCCUCCUUUUCUCAUUAUAUACAUCUGGCACCUUUUUUGCUCAUUGUCUGUGUUGAACACACUGCACUCAAUCUCCAUGCUUUGUCCUGCUGAACUCGCACAGAAUCCUGAAACAGAUUUAGGGAAUGGAGCAUUCUGUGUGGGUGACACCAGCGCAGGUUAUUCAGAAGGACCUCAGUUACCUGCAGCAGUGGUUGGAAGUAUUUGUAACUAAUUUCGAGAGGAUUAUUGCCGUACACACAUUGGACCCCAGGAGGCCAGAAGACUCUGCAUCAGAGAUCCCUGUAUUACCUCCGUACCUCCUCACAGUCCUUAGCCAGCAACUGGGACACUGCACUGAGCACAUCUCCAGCCCAGAAGGGGCAGAUGCCAGCUUGUGCCAGGCUCUUCUCUUGCUCAAAUUCUUUAUCAUCAUCAGCAGGAAUCUAGAGAAUGUGGAGAAAGAGAGGACACCAUCCUUUGUUUGUGAGGUUAUCCACUUGCUGACAGCGACCACAGCUAUGUUGAAAAGCCCCGCCCCAGAGGAGCAGCUGAAGACAUGGACUCUGAUUGAAAAAGUCUCUAUAUAUGCUUUACACCUGUGUGAAUGUCUCUUUGACCCUUACCAGACCUGGAGGAGACAGCUCGGAGGGGAAAUUGUCAGCGCCAAAGAGAAGAGUAAAUACAAAUUCUCACCUGCAGCUUUGCCUCCUGAAUUUGGAGUCUUUUUUCAAGAAACCUUCCGUAAUGGGGAACACCUACCUGAGUCGGUCACACUACGGCUGGUGCACCUGUACGGGGCUAUUAUUACAGCCAGCAAGACAAAUGCACUGCUCCUCAUCACUCCGGCAUCAGUGGAGGUGCUUAUAUUGGUUCUACAGAACUGGAGCGCCGGCAGGGAGGUCAGGAACCUGCGGAUCCUGCAGCUGACAUUGCAGUGCCUGAUUGCCAUCAUUCACAUCCUGCACAGCAGCAGUCCCAGUGAGCGGCGGGUAGAAAUCAGGACCAUCCUGGACAGUUAUUUUAAGGUCCUCAACUCUGAUCGUCCUUUGUCUUCCCCGGAGAGAGCCUCGGAACCACUUCUGGCUCUGAGGAUCAGCAUGUUGAGAGCAAUCCCUGAAAUGUUGAACUGUGGCGACAGACCGGUCUUACAAGCAGUAUUCCUCAGCAAUAACUGCUUUGAACAUAUCAUCCGGCUCAUUCAGAAUAGCAAGCUUUACCUGAGCAGUAGUCGCAGGCCAGAGGAGAGUGGCAGCGACCUUACCACUCAGUUGCUGACCGAGCCCGAUAUCAGGAAGGUGCUUGAUAGCGAUUCCGCCUCCAUCACUGUUCAUGCCAUUGGUGUCCUUACAUCCAUCAUGAGAAAUUCUCCAUCUGCCAAGGAAGUGUUUAAAGAGCGCAUUGGCUACUUACACCUGUAUGAAGUUCUAAAGAGCCAAAGUGAACCAACCAAACGUCUACUUCAGGCGCUCCUGAACAUGGCUGUGGAAGCUGAUUACAGCUCAGACCCUGUUCAAUACAUUCACAAUGAACAGCCGCUGCUUAUUCUUGUACAGUGGAUCCCGGAGCUCUCACAGAAAGACCUCCAGAUUUUGGUGUCAGAAUGGCUAAAGACCACUUGUGACUCAUCAUUAAGGAACCGGAUGACCUGUGUCCAGGCAGGAAUGGUUGGCCAAGUUCUUCUGGCCCUCAGACAUGAGAGAGAGCUUGAUGGCAAAUGUGCAGAGAAUCUCAUCUACCUUCUUCAGGUAUUGGGACGGCUUUCCAUCCGACCCACAGAGCUACGACAAUUAAUCAACCUUCUUAGGACAGAGGGGGGCUCCCCCCACCCGUAUGCAAGACAAGUCAUCAGGGCUUUGUCUGCCAUGGCAAGGAAUGAUGGCCCUGAGAGAGCCUUGCAGUAUUUCGAUUUGAUGCCCAGCAUGUCUGGCAUUAUGGUGCCCGCCAUGCAGAAGUGGCCAGGUGCUGGCUUUGCCUUCCACGCUUGGGUCUGUCUUAACGAAGGCAUUAAGGAUCAGCCACUGACUGGACGUAAACGUAAACAACUGUACAGUUUUUUCGGAACCAAUGGUACCGGAUUUGAGGCUUUCUUCACCGGGGACGGGAUGCUGGUGGUUGCUGUCUGCACUAAGAAAGAAUAUAUGACCGUAUCACUGCCUGAGAUAUGCUUCAGUGACUCCACAUGGCAUUGUGUGGAUAUUGUGCACAUAGCAGGGCGCCGGCCAUUCGGGCAGAACAUGGUGAAUAUUUACACUGAUGGACAACUCAGCAAAUCAGCUCAGCUGCGCUUCCCAGCUCUCAAUGAGUCCUUUACAUCUUGCUGCAUCGGAUCUGCGGGUCACCGUACAACUACCAAGGUCUCCAUCUCUCCGUCUCAUACCCCUGACCUUACAUUCGCCUCUCACUCAGUACUAAGCCGCUCUCAGUCCUUCCCAGCCACAGGCACGGGACAAGGCUGGGCACCAGGAGGGGCACAGUGCUCUCGGGAAGGGCUGGUGUCUACCAUAGUGGCAGGGACGCAGGAUACUGAGUGGGGGACCCCAACCUCGCUGGAAGGGCACCUUGGCAGCGUGGCAAUCUUCCAUGACGCUGUGCAGCCAGGUCACGUGAAGGCUCUUUAUACAGCAGGUCCAAACUGUGUGUCCCCAUUUACACUGGAGAGUGAUUUGUCUGAGCUGAGCACUAAACUCCUCCUUUACUAUACACCGCAGGCUUCCAAAAACAACAUCUGCUUGGAUCUUGCCCCUAGUCAUUUAUUUGACGGGAGGCUGACGGGCCACAGGGUGAUUACUUGGGAUAUAAAGGAUGUGAUAACCUGUGUGGGAGGUAUGGGGGUGUUGCUGCCUUUGCUGAAUCAGGUUGCCUCACAAACCAAAGAUGCCACAGAUACGCAGGAAACCCACGACCUGGUUGGUCCUGAGCUGACGUCUUCCAGGAAUGCCCAGGGAAUGCAGCUUCCUCUGGGCAAGUCCUCAGAGAGCCGGCUUGAGCGAAAUGGUGUUGCCGCUUUCCUGCUAAUGGUGAAGAACUUCAUUCUGCAUCAUCCGGCCAAUCAGGAGAGCUUGCUGCAGUGUCAUGGUCCCGCUAUGAUAGGAGCACUGCUGCAAAAGGUUCCAUCUCUCACUAUGGACAUGAAUGUGCUGAUGGCAUCUCAGAUGCUUAUGGAUCAGGUGUUAUCAGAGGGUAACAUCCAUCUGCUUCACCACCUCUACCAACACCUGCUCUUUGACUUCCGCAUUUGGAGCAACAGUGACUUUGCUGUCAGGUUUGGUCACAUUCAGUACCUGUCGUCCAUCAUAAAGGAUCACAAACAGAGGGUUAGGAAAAAGUAUGGAGUGCAGUACAUCCUGGACUCUGUCAGGAAGCAUUAUGGAGUACAGAAAGAAGAUCAGAUCACAGCUGAUAAUAUGAAAACCGUUCAGAUGUCUCUCUUCAACCUGACUAAGGAUUUCCUCUCCAGGAACCCUAAUGCUGAAGAUCUUCACUGUAUACUGAACUACACGGCAGCUGUCAAUGAGGAGGAGCAGGUAUGUGGGGUUCUGGAGGUGCUGCACAGCCUUCUGAAGGGAAGCUCCAGCAAUGACCAGCUCUACAUCUUCCUUCUUGAGCCAGGGAAUAUUGACGUAUUCUACUCACUGUUAGUGCAGAAGAAGUUCUCCGACCAUAUUAGAGAGAAAGUGUUUAAGAUUCUCUACAAGCUGCUCAAGUACGAGAAGGUCUAUGACCGGAACAAACAUCGUCUGAAGUUGAAGGAUAUUGGGUACCAAGGACUAAUCUCUUUUCUGAGUGAAGUCCCUGUGUCCAUGUUACUUAUCCGCUGCCUCUCCGAGCAGGUCCUGGGAUCAGAUUUGUCUCCCAAUUACAAGGAUCUCCUCUCCGUGGUUUAUCUCUCACACCGGGCAGACCUCCCUGUAAGACUGGACGUGUGCAGGAAGCUUUUUCAUUUAAUAUAUUCACAACAGGACAUUGUGAGACACUUGGCCAAACAAACAGGCUGGCAGGAUAUAUUGACUAAGCUCUAUAUCAAGGAGACAUAUGAGUCUCGACAGGGCAGUUUUAGUAGCCCAAUGUAUUCUGGUUCUAUAAAUCUAUUAAAGAGCUUGGGCAGCAGCACAGAACAGGAGUCUGGACCAUACAAGGACAUUGCAGAUGGGCAGCUUACACUGGGGGGAAAUCCAGACGCAGAUGUAGUGUUUCCAUUAAGUUUUGAAGUUUCUGAUCAAGAUUUCUCAGAAGGCUUUUCUGAUCACUCCAUGUCUCCAACUGUCAAAGACAAGCAGUUUAACGGUUAUAAUUUUAAGUCUUUUGACUCUUCCGAUCAAACCAGCCAUUCCUCCUCAAACAACAUUGACAUCCCUUGCUCAGAUGAAGCACCUUGCAGUAACCAGCAUCCGUUUGAAGGGGCAUACCAGCCUCUCUCUCCAUUCUCAGUAUCCCCUUUUGACCUUCAUUUGGAUCUAGGAAGCUCAAGCUCAGCAACCACAUUUGAGAGUGGGAACCAAACCCCUGUCAGCCAACCAGGCACUCCUUCACCACUGGAGACCUUCAAACCUUUCCCAGGCAUGCGAGCUCGGAAAAGCUCCAGCUUGUCUAAUGUUCUGGAUGAGAACAGCUACCAGGAGACCUUGCCCAGUGACUCCACCUCAAACACCAGUAACCCUCAACAAACACCAGAAGAGGAGCUCUGCAAUCUGUUGACCAACAUCAUCUUCUCAGUGACAUGGAGAGGGGUAGAGGGAUAUGAUGAGGGAGCCUGGAAAGAGCGAGGGCAGGUGUUCUCUGUGCUCACCAAGCUUGGUGCUGCUUGUGAGCUUGUACGGCCCCCAGAUGAAAUUAAAAGAAGCCUCCUGGAGAUGAUGCUGGAAUCGGCUUAUACGGAUAUAAAGGAGUCCACAGCCAGCACACUGCCCAGCCUCACCCAGCAUGUCCUUAAGAUGCUGCGGCUACUGCAGGACUUUCUCUUCUCUGAAGGACUAAGCAAUCAGAACCUGUGGAGUGAGAAGAUCUUUGAAGGUGUCAGUAACCUGCUGGACCUGCUGGGGGUUUGGUUUCAUUUAGCCAAUGGCACCUCAGACCUGAAGGAGAUGGCACAGAUUGGCCUGAGGAUCAUUAUGGGCUUCAUCCAAUUAGAAGACCGACAGAUCCAUUCUUCGGCGUAUGUGAAACUUCAUAGCCUUCUGCAGACGGCCACCACGCUGAGGAAGGAAGAGGCUUGUUAUCUUCUAGGGAAGCUAGAGAGUCCUCUGAUGGAAUCACUGUAUGCCAGGACUGAAACCUUCACGUGUCUAGUACCUAUUAUACGCACACUAAUGGACCAGUGCUUCGACUCCCUGCAGAUCCAGUAUCACCUACCGUCGUUCCCCCCAACUAAUGGCAGCCCCACCUUCUAUGAGGAUUUCCAGCAGUUCUGCACUACACUGGAAUGGAGGGUCUUCAUAGACAAACACGUCCUGCCCACCAUGGAGCAGUUUGAGAAAGACACAUUUGCGAGGAGUCAUGACCAGAUGUCAUCUUUCUGGAAUUCCUGCUAUGAUGCUCUGAUGAGCAGCUCACUAAGAAGAGAGAAGGAAAAAACAGAGUCUCGCACCAAAUUUCAGGACUUAGUGCUGGAACCAGUAUUGAAGAGGGUCAAAGGAGAGAAUUUCCGCUAUAGCAGUGUACUGAAGCAGACCAGCAGUCAUCACAGUGCUGUCCUGCGCCAGUGGAGAUCUUUACUGCGUCUGCUGACUUGCCCACGAGGAGCCUGGGCUGACAAUAAACCCACUGUGACCAGAUGGAAGCUUUCCAGUGCUGAGACCUACUCCCGGAUGAGACUGAAACUGGUGCCCAAUUACAAUUUUGAUCCCCAUACAGAAGCCAGCGCCCUGAGAGACAACUUAGGCACUGACCACACACACAGCAAAGCAGACUCCUUCCAUCUCGCCGUAGCAAAAGAAGCAAAAGUGAAUGAACUGGAGGAUGACCAGCUGGGGGCGGAAGACCUGAUGUUCUUAGAGAACAUAAACCAUGCGGAACCCAAAGAGCAGAAUCAGAGUGAGAAGCUGGUGAUCUCCGAAGACUGCGAGCUCAUCACCAUCAUGGCAGUUAUUCCAGGGCGACUUGUAGUCACCACGCAGCAGAUUUAUUUUUACGACAUGAGUAAUGAGAGGGAAGAAACUGAGGAAGGUAUCGGUUAUGACUUCAAGCGCCCUCUUUCUCAGCUGCGGGAAGUACAUCUACGUCGGUACAACCUCAGGAGAUCGGCGCUAGAGUUUUUCUUUAUCGACCAAGCCAACUACUUUGUCAACUUCAAAAAAAAGGUCAGAAAUAAAGUUUAUUCGCACAUCCUCGGCCUGCAUCCUCUCAACCAGUUGUUAAUUGGCAGCCGAUCUCCUCAGGAGCUGUUACAAGCCUCAGGAUUAACACAGAGAUGGGUCUGGAGGGAGAUUACCAACUUUGAGUACCUGAUGCAGCUAAAUACAAUUGCUGGCCGGACAUACAACGAUCUCUCACAGUAUCCAGUGUUCCCCUGGGUCCUGUGUGAUUACUUCUCAGAGACACUAGACUUGGACAAUCCAAAAGUGUUUCGUGACCUUUCUAAGCCAGUUGGCGUGGUGAAUGACAGACACGCCAAAGAAGUGAAAGAGAAGUACGAGAGUUUUGAGGACCCCUCAGGCACAGUGGACAAGUUUCAUUACGGAACUCACUACUCUAAUGCAGCGGGGGUCAUGCACUACAUGAUACGCACAGAGCCCUUCACUACACUACACAUCCAGCUACAAAGUGGCAGGUUUGAUUGCUCAGAUCGACAGUUUCAUUCAAUCCCAGCUGCUUGGCAUGCCCGCAUGGAAAACCCAGUUGAUGUGAAAGAGUUGAUACCAGAAUUCUUCUAUUGCCCAGAAUUCCUUGAGAAUGCCAAUGGGUUUGACCUCGGCUGUCUUCAGAUGUCUAAUGGGAAAGUGGAUGAUGUUGUACUGCCAAAAUGGGCCACGUCUCGGGAAGAUUUCAUCUACAAGCACAGGAAGGCCCUGGAAUCAGAAUAUGUCUCAGAGCAUCUUCAUGAGUGGAUAGAUCUGAUAUUCGGGUACAAGCAGAGGGGCCCAGCUGCAGUGGAAGCCCUAAAUGUGUUUUAUUAUUGUACUUAUGAAGGUGUGGUGGAUUUAGACGCUAUUGCAGAUGAGACAGAGAGGAAAGCGUUGGAAGGGAUCAUCAGCAACUUUGGGCAAACUCCUUGCCAGCUACUCAAGGAACCUCACCCAGCCCGCCUGAGCGCCGAGCAUGCAGCGCGCCGGUUAUCGCGCCUGGACACGUACUCACCUAAUGUGUUUGAGAACCUAAGAGAGCUAAAAUCAUUCUUUGUGGAGGGGAUGAUGGAAGGAAUUCCUCUGGUGCAGACUGUGGUACCUAAAAACCAGUUCCAUUCCUUCAUGAACCAGGGAUCUCCUGACAUACUGGUCACUGUCAGUGCGAACGGCCUCCUGGGGACUCACGGCUGGCUGCCUUAUGACAAGAACAUCUCCAAUUACUUCAGCUUCACCAAGGACCCCACCGUGUCCUCCACCAAGGCCCAGCGUUUCAUCUUGGGACCAUUUGCCCAGGGCGCAGAGCUGUCCUCAACAAACCUGGUUGUUUCUCAUGAUGCAAAGUUGCUCUUCAGCGGGGGACACUGGGACAACAGCCUACGGGUCACCUCUCUCAGCAAAGGGAAGGUGAUUGGGUUAAUAACCAGGCAUAUAGAUGUAGUUACAUGCCUAGCAUUGGACCUCUGUGGUAUCUACCUCAUUUCUGGGUCAAGGGACACCACUUGUAUGGUGUGGCAAGUUCUGCAACAGGGUGGUUUUUCGUGUGGUUUGUUGACCAAGCCUGUGCAGGUAUUAUACGGUCAUGAUGAUGAGGUAACAUGUGUGGCCAUUAGCACUGAGCUGGACAUGGCAGUGUCUGGGUCCAAGGAUGGGACAGUGAAUGUGCACACCAUUCGCCGGGGGCUCUUUAUGAGGUGCAUUAAACCCCCAUGUGAAAGUUCACUCCCUCUCUCUGUUUCCCAUCUUAUGGUGGGCUUGGAAGGCCAGAUUGUCUUUCAGACCAUAAUUGAAGGCAGGACCUCCCUUAAGGAUAAGUUUACUUUGCAUUUAUACUCUGUGAAUGGCAAACAUCUGUCCUCGGUCAGUCUGGAUGAGCAAGUUUCGGCCCUGUGCAUCACACAGGAUUUUGUGGUUUUUGGGACAAUGCAGUGUUCCUUGCAGAUUCGGGAUCUUCAAAGUUUAACACUAGCAGUCUCACCGCUGCCUAUGAAGGUCCCUGUCCAUUGUGUGUCUGUGACCAAGGAGAACAGCCACAUAUUGCUGGGGUUAGAUGACGGGAAGUUGAUUGUGGUUGGAGCCGGGCAGCCAUUGGAGGUGAAGACUGGGCAGUUCACAAGGAAGCUUUGGGGGUCCACAAGGCGGAUUUCACAAGUGUCUUCUGGAGAAACAGAGUACAAAGCGUCAAACUCCAAUUGAAGGAUGGACCUUUUUACGCGUGAUUCAAGAAAAACAUAAAUUCCUGUUGGUCUGAUCCUCAGAAACUACUGGCCAUGGAAGUGAAAUAGGGCAGAUGUUCCCUCUUUGUCCCUUGGAGAUGAGCUGAAUAAAUUCACACAGUGGCAUUGGAAGACAUAUGCUCCUAAGUCCCCCCCAGUGAUCGAUGGGUUUUUAAUUUUUCCAUAGCACACAACGUGUGGGCCUCAGCCAAGUGUGAUCAACGUAGCAGCGUUUAAGGGAUUUAAAAAAAAAAAACUUUUACAAUAAAAUGCACCUUUAUUUUCUUUCUCUUCUUUGGAAACUUGGGUAGCCAGUGUGCCGUUGCCUUAAUGAAGAGAGAGACUUUGAUCCUUUUUUUUUUUACACUCAUAUGAAUUGGCUGAGCACACAUCAUUAAAUACUCACUGAGGAACGGUCAAUACUCAGCCAUGUACAUAUUUGUAAAAUUCUACGGCAUCUACAUCAGGCUGCCUUUUGAAGAUCUGUUCUCCUUCUCUGUCAUAGUCUUUUCCUAGGAGAAGAGUUGGCGGUUAUUCCUGGAAAUUCAUGGGCAUUGCACUGAGGUCCUUUUUUUGCAGCUUAUAUUUGCUGUGUGCUGUCACCUUAAACUGUUUUUGUUUGUGGUUUUAAAAAACAAGCACAAUAGUUAGUCACUGUAAUAUGUUUCACUGGACAAGUACAUUUUUAUAGACUGGAACAGACCCAGAAACCUGCAAUGUUACUGUAUGUUACUUCUUCUUAUUCUGUCAUUCCAAAAAGGCGUCAAACUUUUUUUUUUGUACAGCUGUACAGGUCGAUGUGACACCAUUGUUAAUAUAUUUUUGUGCGCCUUAUAUAUCGGUUAUUUCCUCUUGACUUCUAUAUGGAGAUUAGUUUUUUUCCCAACGCGUUUCACUUAGCAUUUUUACCAGUCUACUGUAAGACAUAUCUACCUGUUACAUGAAUUAAUUUGGGAUUGGACUAUGCAGAUUGGUUAUUUAUAGCUGCCAAGGACCAAACCAAAAGAUACUUAUUUCAGGAUUGUUACACACAAAAACAAUUAAAUAUUUGAUUAUUCACAUCUGAUGUGAAAUCUGUAUUGAGGGAGACUUUAGAGUAUGUUGUUUACUGCUACCUUAUUAAACCUAAAAAUGUUUUUGCUUCAAAAAAAGUUAGAAUGCAGGGUAUAAUUACCACAAUUAGAUACCCUGUUUCCAGACAGCAAUACAAUGUGUAUUUUCUUCACACUUAUGACAGAAAGGAAAUUCAUUUCUGCAUAUUUAUAUGUUACAUUUGGGUACUAUCAUUAUUAUUUCUAUUAACAUAUGGACUGUGUUGGCAAUUUAUGUGUUUGAUAAUAAUAUUUACUAUAUAAACUAGUUUCAUAUCAAUUCCUAUAAAAGAAGAGUACAGACAAAUUUUAUAUAUGCAACUAUAAAUUAGAAUCUAACAUGCAAAACAAAUAUGCAAUUGAGACUCCAUUUUACAAAUAGGUGCUAUUUAUAAGCGUCAGAAACUUGUAGUGUAUACUGUAGUGGGGUUUUGUGUUUUUUCCCCCCAGCAGAGCAUGAAAGUGAUGUACUGACUUUUAAUACAUCGUUUCCACUUGAAAAACAAUGUGCUAUUUUAGAAAAAUUUAAACAUUUAUCAUAGCUGAGACAAAUUCUGCCCCAAAACGUCUUCUUUUUUUUUUUCUUCACUCAGCUUACCUGAGUGGUGGUAUCUGCCAAGCAGUGCAGUUAUAGAUCCAAUCUCUUUAGCCUCUGUCUGUAGAAAGCACAGCCGAGUAAAGAUUUAAAAACAAACUAACGUAGACUUAAAAAGUGGUGGACAAAAGCUUAUACAGGACUAUAGGUUAUGUUCUAGCAACUGAAAACAGUCUCUUUACGUCAUAGCAGCCGGGAAAACCCUUCUAUAAAGCAGCUGUUUGCUUCCCCAAAAAUCAGAAGCAAUAAAGGUAUAUCAAGUGUUUUUCUGAUUUGUUAAACCAAACGUAUUUUGUACUGGAAAUAGUAUCAUGAAAUACUAGGAUAAUUAAUGUGAUCUUUUCUGGUCCCUAACUUGAUAGAUUUGUUUUCUUUAAUAUAAACUACAUUUUAUGCAUAAUGGUUAUUUCAUAAGUCAUGGGAACUAUUUGGAAUUUACAUUAAAAAGCUCUUUAACACAUUCAUCAGAUACAUAAAGCAGUAACAUUAGCAUACAAAGUAUGGCCAAAUAGCAAACAACCACUUUAUUUAGUUUUUGUAUUAAUGGUCAAUUAUUGUACACAAUAAGAAAUCUGUAAGCACAAUGUUAUACGUGUAACUCCUCAUUAUCAGUUCUGUGUUACCAUCUUUGGAAAUAAUGGUAAAUAACAUUAUAUUCACUGUGGUUAACCUAUGUACUGAGCUGCACUGACAAAAUACUCUCAUGGAUAACUUGUUGUAAGUAAGAGGGGUAUUCUAGAACUUACCAUCCCUAGUGUUGUAAAAUGCUGUAAACAGGGCUCGAUAAUCCCAGGAGCCAGGUUGCCACGGCACUUAGAAUUGUUAACUGUUUAUAUUAUUGUACCUAUACAAAUGCACAAAACUCAUUCCUGGCUCCUAAGUUGGAUAUUAUUUUGUCAAGUACUGUUUUCAAACAAUGAUUUAAUUUAUUCCAAACAGAAUUCUCUAGCACACUAAAGUUUGUUUGAGAAGUUUGCACACAUCGUCCCAUUCCUCCCAAUUUACCCAUAUUUUGAUUUUCCUUUAUUAUCAGUAUUUUCUUCCCAAUAAUAGUUUCCUUGACUUAUGAAUUACUCAUAUAUAUAUAUAUAUAUAUAUAUAUAUAUAUAUAUAUAUAUACCUGUACACACAGGUAAGUACAGACAUGUAACCCCUGCAGCAGGAAAGCUUUGUAUAUGAUCGCUAAACAAAACAUUUGCACAAACCCUUAACUGUAUAAAAUACAUUUCUGCAUCCUAAAAUUGUGUUUUACCAUGGGGGAGAUGAGAAAUAUGUUGGGGUUUUUUUAAACUUAUGAGCGAGAUUAUAAAUUAUCUUCACAAAAGCAAUAAUUUUUAAUGAAAAUGUCAAAUGGGCUGAUAAAUGCAAACUUGUACUUUCUGUAAAAACAAGCUUUAAAGCAAAACAUUUAUAUAAAAAAAGAUGUAUAUAAUAAUUGUAUAAAUGUUACUACUGAAAACGUGUAAUGUAAACUGUUUUUUUAUAUAAUUGGGAAGGUCAUAGUCUGUUACAGCUUUAAUUCUCUGGAUAUCCAAGUCUGACGCUGCCAAUGAACAGACAUUACGAGUGACUUUGCACCCUGAUUGGUAUAUUUCACCAUUAAUCGGACUGCACUAUGUUAUAUUGCCGGGAUGUGAGCCGCACCUUCUUGCACUCGUUGGCGCCCAAACAUUCUUAAAUCACAAAGGAGCAAGGUUUCUUCUAAACCAAAUGAUGGCAAGCGUGCAAUAUUUACUUUCUUUGUGGCACUAAUGUUUUUUACAAAAUGAAUGUUAGAAACAAAUGCGGAAUCUUAAAAGCCCAUCUGAUGUUAUGUUCUAUUUCUGUUUAGCUUUUAUGCAGUUGCUCUUGGUAUUGGUAGAAAUGUUCAGCAUUAUUGUUUUGUUAUAGAUUUGGGAGAGAGGGAACUUUAUUAUUAAACUAUUAAGUGGGUAACAGAUGUAUUAUCCUGAACAAGGUAUGUGCUGGGCACAUCCAGUUCUUCCUAUUAAAAAGCAAAACAUUGUUAUUGACAAUAUGUUUUACCAGGCAAUGCCUCUCAAUAAACAUUCCAGACAGUUA